AACUACCUGUGCAAGUCCAGAUUUCUAUGAUGAGUUAAAACAACUUUAUGGAGUGAGUAGAUGGAGGACAGGAAUCGCAUCAACCGAGAUGGCCAUUCUUGCUGCAACUUUAGCUCUUGAUCCAGAACCAGCUUUACUCAAGUUUUUCAGGCAUAUUCCACCUCUUCAACCGUACUUCAGUGAGUACCUUGGAGAAUGUGGCCGAGUCAUAUUGACCGAACCUAGCGGUAAACCUCUCGUCAGCUACCUCAAGGCAUCAUGGAAACACAGGGUUGACAUCUCUCUCAAGAUUCUCAAAAUGAUCGAAGACUUUCAUGAUUCUAGUGACAAGUGGCUUGUCUUACUUCUAGACUUUACUUAUGAAAACUUUGUGUUGACCUCCGAAGGUCAGCUGAAGGUCGUGAACCUUAGCGGUAUAGUGAUUGUCGAUAAGGAUCAGACCUCUACAACACCUGACAUGAACCCACAUCUUAACAAUCGGACAGACGUUUGUAACGAGGAUUGCCUAAACACAUUUGUGAAGCAGCUGCAGACGGAACCAGAUACUCACUGUGGAGAAGUCCCAAGACACGUUGAGUUCAUGUAUAUGAUGGCAUGUCAUUCUUUACUCUCUGAUCUCAUGACAACUAAAUAUGAACGAUUCUUUCAACCUCUAGAUACUCCAAGAAAACAUCAUCCAGGUGGUUUGCUUCAUGAUGCUCCCUAUGAAGUUGAUUCCAUGCUAGGUGAUCUGCUCUAUGAGUGUGUUUUUGAAGGCCAACCUGGAAGAAGAAUGCAUUCUGUCAGGGUUCUCAAGCGCCUUCUUAAUAUCAUCAAGAGAGGCUUCUCCUACACAUUUGCUGUUGACAAGACAUCACUAUGACAGCAUCUGAGGUGAUGUUCUCCUAAGCCUUACAUUGCCAUCCUGGGUGAUUGCAUUCUGUCAGGGUUCUCAGAGAGUCUUCUCCUACACCAUUGCUGCUAACAAGACAUCUGAAAUGAUGUUCUCUGAACCUUUCAUCGUCAUCCUUGAAGAAGGAUGCAUUAUGUCAAACAGAAUAAAAGCCCACAGUUCUAUGCACUUUAAUCAUAAGCAAUAAUAACACAACUAAAUAUGACAGUAGAAGCACAUUGGAGGAAUGUUUGAGAAGAAACUGAGUGAGAUUUGAUAGGGUCUUGUUUCAUGGAAAGGGGGGGGGGGUGCAUGUCCAUGUAAGGCCAAAGUUUAUAUUUCUGUGCUGUUUACAAUGAGAGUUCUUUAAUUCAUAUUCUAUAUCAUCCAGCAAGGCUUACAAGGAUUACAAUUUUUGUAAUGGGAUAGAUAUUUCAUUGCCUUAUAGAGAUAUAAGUCCACCAUUAGUGACAACUCUGUCAUCACUAUCAAAUACUGUGGUAGCACUCAAACAGUCAAUCACAUUCAAGGUAUUGUGUAAGUUGCAAUUGACAACAAAUGUAUUAUCACUGCUAAUAUUCCUAAUAUUCAUGGAAGAGAGCCUGGACUGAAAAUAGAUAGCAAAUAAGAGACUACCUCUCAUUCUACUGUCUUAAUACCCAAUGGAAAGUCAAUGAAGAGGAGGCGCUAUAGCUCAGUCGGUAGAGCGGGGGGUUUUGGAUUCCAGUGACCCAGGUUUGAUUCCUACUCGGUGCGCUAGUGCCCUUUGGUAAGGCAUUUAUCCUCAUUACCAGAUCCCUCGGAGAGGACCUUAAGCUGUAAGUCCUCUGGUUGCUUGCUUACAAGCAUUCAUGCUUUCUUAGCAAUCAGGUAAAAAUUAACUACAAUUAGUUCCAUUACAAUGCUGUAUUGUAGUCAUAUUGGUAUGUCUUUCUUUUCAUGUUUAUUGUUUCAGGACACAUAAAAUCAGUUUACCAAGAUAUUUCCUUAGCUGUUUUCAAUUAGUGUCCAAAUCAGGUCAAACCUGUUUCAAACUAAAACACAAGAGGGAGCUAGCCUUGGUGAGACUCAGAUUCAAAUUAAGCAGCAUUAAUUCUUUGUAUGAAUGUUCAAUUCAAUAAUAAUAAAUUACUGUACUUUUUUUUCAUCUUGCCAUUUUUUCAGAAAUUGUCAUGUUUGAAUAUCAUUAGUUUCAUCAGGCCUCAUUAAUCCAUAAAUUCAAUUCAAGAUUUGGUUUGUUCAUCAUGUAAUUGAUCUGCCUGCAGGAGAAACAUCUUUUCAAAUUUUGUUUCAGUAAGAAAAAUAUCAGUGUGAAAACAGAAACAGACAUGACUUAAAUUUUAAGUUUACUUACCUUCAUGACAUUAUUCAUGCAAUUUUCAUCAACAUGAUUUGUGCUGAAUAUUACAUUCUCUUUGGUGUCACUCAGUUUGGGCUUGUAAGUAACCCUUGGUUCAACUUUGUACACAUGAUCCAUUGAAAGCCAGCUAUGAGGAAUGAGAUGUUGUUUGGGUAUAAGAGACCUAUCAAUCGUGAUUCUAACUAAAACAUGUUUCAAGAUGCAUUGCUUUGUCAAGUUUUCUAUUAUCAUCAUGAUUACUAGUAUAUGAAUAUUUUCUCAGUCGCAGUCAAAAUUGCACAAUAGUUGAUUUCUCACUAAAACAGUGACCGGAAUGCAUUAAAAGCAUUUAUUAAUAUAUUUAUUAUAGAUUACAAAUUAGUAAUUCAGUAUCUUUAUCUGUAUUGUUCUAGAUAUAAUUUGUAGCAUGUCAUUUUCUUGCACAACUAUUAAUAUUCAAUGUAAAAAAAGUUCAUUUAUUUUUAGAUACUGUACAUCUGAAUCACAUGGCUAAUUUUCUCUAGAUAUUAUGGAAACUUGGCAGGAUCUUCAAAUGUUUCCAAAGUAAUGAUAUGUAUAUAUUAAAAGUAUUGAUACUUAACUGAAAUCUACUUGAAAUAAAUUUGAAUAGUCACAAACUAUUUUGCGAUAACUACAGCAACAAUUAGUUUAUUUGCCAUCGUAUUAUGAUUUUAUUUUUCUACAACCCUCUUUUCCAUUUACCCCUACUGUAUGUCAUUCAUGCUAAAAGAGUACCAUGUUUUCCUUUGAUCUUUCUCUCUAUUCCAAUUUAUCCUCUACCUUCCGCUUGAACCUUUGUUUGUUCUCUUAUUAUUCAUUAGUUCUUUCUUUAGUACAAAAUGAGUUAAAACUAUCUAUGAUGCUAAAAACAGUACUACUUGCAUCAACUAUGUUGAUUCUAUUAGGAAAUUUUCUGUCAAAUCAUAAAACUAAAUUUCAUGAUAUUUAUUUCUUUGAAAUCCCCUCGGAAUCAUGUUGAUUUUAAGAUCUAUAAAAUAUUUGUUUUAUUCCGAUGCACAUUUCUAAAAGAUGAUCUCACACUAGAUCAACUGUAAGAGACAGUCAUUGAGGGUUGGUGGCUUUCUAGGAUGUCCCUUACUUUAUUACUUAGAAUGGCUAAUAUUUAGUCGUAUCUAUGACGUAGUACAAUUGUAUAUGGGUCCACAAUAUUAAAGGUUCAAGGUACUGCCAUCAAAAGACCUGAGCAAACCAACUACUGGUAUGGCUGUCGUGUGAGUGCAACAUAAGGCUCUGAAUUCAAUUUGGAUCAGAGAUAUUCAUAUUGAUAAGAAUGAUUUAGCCAGCCCACUAAAAUGCACUCUAUAACUAACAUUGCUUUGGUAUUCUGAGGCUAUGUGUAUCACCAACCGAAUCACACUAUUUCUCGAUGUCUCUGCUUCAGAUUUAUGCAUACUGCCAUCUCUUGUUCAUAAUAUUCCAAUGCUUAGAUCACAAUAUUCUACCAUCCAUUAAUUAUAUUUGUAGACUUCAAGAUGGUGCAAUCAAGAAGUACACUAUAAUAGCCAUGUUAGUAAGACACCCUGUCUUGUGAUCAAAUUUGUGCAAUUUUAUUGGUAAUAUGAUUAGUUAGUGAUGACUAUAUCAUUUUUUUUUCCAUAUUAUAGAAGUCACAGGAUUUUUUUUUUUGGGGGGGGGGUAUCAGAUGAAAGUUUACAUAAGGUGAAAUAUUUCUAAGUUAAAAUUUUUGUUCACUAAAUUUUGUUUGAGGAAAAAUGAUCAGGUAGCAAAUUACAAAAUGAAAGUUGAUUAUGGCCAUUGUUGUUAACAUUGGACCAUAUUGUCAUGGUAAUUUAUUGAGUAUGAGUAGAGAUAAAACAAGUAUAAAUAAAAAAAGAAAAAUUGUUUGUUUUCAUUUAAAGAAGGGAUGCCCAUGAUAUGUCGAUGAUAUCUAUUAUACUUUCUUCUGCAAAGGCAUUAUUUGUCAAAUGAUUCUUCCUUGUUAUUAUUUCAUUGAUGUCAUAUAGUGAUAUAGAUGAGUAAUAACUUUCAAAUGGUAAUUAACCUCAUAAAAAAUUGAGUGUAGAAUGUUCACACAACAUGUUUAAAGGAGAAGUAUACCCUAGAGAAAAGUUUGUUGUAAAAAUAGCAGCUAGAAAAAUAAUAAUAAAAAAUAUUGGUGAAGGUUUGAGGAAAAUCCAUUAAAGACUAAGUAAGUUAUUAGAAAAUUGAGUUUUGGAUUUGUGACGUCAUAAACGAGCAGCUGCCUAUCAUGUUAUGUAAUAUAAAAUUUAUGAAUUUCAUUUUUUAAUGGUUUCUGAUGACUUAUUUUUGUUUUCUUUUCAUGAUCGAGUGUGAAAGGAUUUGUCUAUUGAUAUACAAAAGGUACAGUAAAAACCAUUUUCAAUUUUCUGAGAAAAUGACAUUUCAUUGAUUUUUUUACCAGUCGCUAUGUAGGAAUGCUUCUCGCAUAUGACGUCACAAAUCAAGUAAUUAAAAUUCUAAUUACUUUUUAAUGCUUUUUGGAUUUUUCUCAAAUCUCCAGCAAUAGUUUUUACUAUUUUUUCUGCUAAUUACAAUAAACUUUUUGUCAGGGUGAAC